AUGGCAAGUAAAGUGUCCGCAGUCUGGAUCCUCUUGUUUGUAGUGCCAUGUGUGCAACUUCAAGGCACAAGUACAAAACCGACUUGGCCAACCUAUAAAGUUCCCGUCAUUAUUCCAGAGGCUACAAAUGGCUUGGAAAAACCUCACUUUGAUGCAGUACCAAGGCUAGAUGUGCCAUGCUCCUGUGGUCCCGAUUGCCACAAACAUUUCCCAACACCGACGGUUGAGGACCUGAAAGAGAACAUGGCAUAUGAAACCCUCUAUGCCAACGGGAGCCGCACACUGACUGAAGUAGGCAUCUACAUUGUUGCCAACAAACCUGGGAUUAAAAAUGGGGCCGGCAAGUCCCGUCGGAAGAGGCAGAUCUAUGGCCAUGACACUAGAUUUAGCAUAUAUGGAAAGAACUUCUUACUUAAUUAUCCUUUCUCAACAUCGGUAAAGUUAUCCACAGGAUGUACAGGCACUUUGGUAGCAGAAAGACAUGUCCUCACAGCAGCCCAUUGCAUCCAUGAUGGUAAAAGCUACGUUAAAGGAGCACAGAAGCUCAGAGUGGGCUUCCUAAAGCCAAAAGUAAAAGACGGAAGCAAAGUUGUCAACCACACAUAUCCGGGAACAGGGGACAAAAUGAAGUUCCAGUGGAUUCGGGUGAAAAGGACACAUGUCCCGAAAGGUUGGAUUAAAGGUAAUGCCAAUGAUAUUGGCAUGGAUUAUGACUAUGCUUUAUUGGAGCUCAAAAAGCCACAUAAAAGGCAGUUCAUGAUGAUCGGAGUAAGUCCUACAGGUCGCCAGUUGCCUAGCCACCGAAUCCACUUCUCUGGCUUUGACAAUGACAGACCAGGAGACCUAGUCUACAGGUUCUGUGAAGUUAAGGAUGAAACGUAUGACCUUCUAUACCAACAAUGUGACGCCCAACCUGGUGCCAGCGGAUCUGGAGUCUACGUCAGAAUGUGGCGGAGAGAUAAGCAAAGGUGGGAGCGAAAAAUUAUUGGAAUAUUCUCCGGGCACCAGUGGGUUGACAAAAAUGGUGACAAGCAGGAUUUUAAUGUGGCUGUGCGCAUCACACCCCUUAAGUAUGCCCAGAUAUGUUUCUGGAUAAAGGGAAACUAUAUAGACUGUCAGGAUGGCUGA